UUUAAAAGAAUCUACUCCACAUUUAUUAAACAUAUUUAUGGAUGCCGGUGGUUGGAAUUUAAUUUAUAAUUGGUUAAAAGAUGCUGUAGAAACAGAUAAUAUUGUUCUAAUUCAAGAUCUAUUAACAAUUUUUCAUAUUGUACCUGUAACAAUGGAACGAUUAAAAGCUAAUGGAGGACCAAAAUUAGUUAAAAAGUUAUCCAAAACUCAUAAUGAUACAGAAGUGAAAUCACUCGCACAACAGUUAGUUGAAAAAUGGUUAAAGGUAGUUAAAACUGAACAAUGGCAUAGUAUGAUGAGUGAUAAAGAAAGCUUAACUAAACAUGAAACGCUAGAUAACUUAAAAUCUGAAACUGAAGGAAAUUUAAUCUUAAAUGUACCUAAAAUAGAUUCUGGGGUUUCUUCAGAAUCCAUGAUUGAUACUUCAGAUUGUAAAACAAAAACUGACAAAUCUAAGAAUAAAUGUGAAAAUGAAAAAGUCAAAGAUAGAAUUAAAAAAGAAAAAAAUAACUUAAAUAGUAAAACUGAGGUUGACAAAAAUAAAGAAAAACCAAAAAUUGAAAAAGAAAAGGUAAAAGAUGAUUCUGAAGAUGCCAAAGAAAAAAAACGGCGUAUAAAAGACAAAAAUGGAAAUCCAUUUUUAAGAAUAAUUGGGGAAAUGACUGAUGAAAAAUCUGAUGAUGACAAACAAAUAGAAAAUGAUAAUUUAAAUUUAACCAAACAUUCAAAUCGACGAAAACAAAAUUUAAAAAAUCUUUCAUCAGGAGAAAGAUUCAUAAAAUUAAAACUAUCCAAUGAUGGUAAAAAAAGCAAUGACUCCAAUUCUAAUACAGAUAUAAAAAAAGAAUCACGGCCAUUACCACCACCAGCCCCUAAACCCAAAUUGCCAGAAUCUAAGACAAUUUUAGAAAAAAAAAAUUAUUCUAUUCAUGUAGAGAAAAAAGAUUAUGUGGGUGAGAAAAAACCAACUGUUAAAACAUUUAAGUCAAAAUUCCGAAGUACUGGUUUAGAAGAACAAGCCCCACCUCCACCUCAUCCUAAAUCUAAAGCACAAUCUAAAAAAUCAACUAAGACUAUAUCACCUUUACCUUUGUCAAAAGCUGAAAAAAGAAGUUUGUCACCUCCACCAGAUUCUCAAAGUGAAAAGAAACUUAAGAGCUCUCCUUCAGACGUCAAGAAAUUACCACCUAAAAUUAAAGAGAGCGGUUUGUUUAUGGAUGCAAUGUUGAAUGUCCUAAACUCGGCUCCAAAAAUCACCAAAAAACGAAAACCUAAACCGGAAGCUAUUAAAAAACAAGACUCUCCUCCAUCGGCUAUCCCAUUGUCACCUGUCAAGUCUGACUUACCAUCGCCAUUAAGAUCUCCAUUACAUUCGCCAUCGACGUUGGAUUUGGAUUCUUUAGUUUUGCCACAACCCUUGACGAGCGCCAAUGAGUCGCUGUCAUUUUCAGAAUCAAUUACGCCUUCAGAUUACGUACCGUUAUCGGCAGAAAAUAAUACUUCUGAUGAUGUGACCCCCGAUCCAGAACCUGAGUUAAAUGUUGAACCAAUUGUUGAAAAGCCUCCACAACUAAAGUUUUAUCGAGACACUUUACUGGAUUCUACAAACGAGUCACUCAAUACUGAUGAACUCGAAAAAGUCCAAGCCAAAAGUCCUAUUGGCGAAUCAACUACGAAUAAUUGCAACGACAAAAAAAGCGGUAUGCGAAGUGUUCUGGUGUACGUCAGAAAUAAAUCGUCAAAAAAAUCGGUUUCAUGGAAACAAGAAAGCGAUUUGGUGAAAGUUUCGUAUUUUGAACACGACGAAACCGAAAGAGUAAAUGUAACAAAAAACUUUAAAGCUAUGGAAAUGCAUGAACGAGAUAUUGAAAGACAAAACUUCAUUGCUGUUCGAAAAUUAAAUGCUGCUGAUAAUAUGGAAUCAAAGACACCUUGGCGGUAUUUAGACGAUAGUUUGUUAGUUGACUUACCAGAAGAACCUGGUAAAGAAAAAAUAGAACCUGGCAGUGGUAGUCAAGAAAAAAAGAAACAGACUCUUAGAGAACAAUCAGUUUUGCAAGCUAUUUACUUCACUAGAAAUAUGAUACCGGAUUCACCAGAAGAACCUGAUCAAAUGGAAAUAAUAGUGCCAUACUCUGAACCAUUAAACAUUCCCUUGGAAGACAUGUCAGGGGAUACUGCCCCAAUAUACAACUAUGUAAGCAUUUCUUGGCCAGAAUCUAAAGGUGAUCAACCUCCUGCUGUAGAAUUUCCCAUUGGAAUGAACAAUAUGAUGUCAAUGCCCAAUAUGAUGAUACCACAACCUCAGUUUCCAGUGUUUGGGGGCAAUCAAAUGAAUUGGGGUAUGCCACCUGAAAAUAUAAUGGCAAUGGGUCCUCCGUCAAACAAUAUUUACAUUCCCCCUAACCAAAUGAUGAUGAAUAAUCAGAUUUUUAUGGGGGAUCAGAUGCAACAACAGUCUCAACCCUUACCACUGCAACAGCAACCACCACCACCUCUACAACAGCAACAACAGCAGCAGCAGCAACACCACCACCAACACCAACAACACCAACACCAACAACACCAACAACAUCAACAACAUCAUCCACCACCUGUUCAAGAAGACCAAUGGAUGGGUCCACCUGGACCUCCAAUGCAACAUGACCAGCAUUGGGGCCAACAGCAACCUCCUCCUAACAACGGACCCCCACAUUUUGAAAGAGGUGGUGGUGGUGGCCGUGGUCAUACUAGAUGGGACAACCCUAGGGGUGGUAAUUAUGACUCUUAUCGAGGCAAAAUGAACCGUAAUAAUCGCGGUAAUAGAGGAGGUCCUUAUAAUAGGAGAGGUGGUCAUCCAGGCAAUGGAAGAGUAGGUGGUCGCUUAUGUAAAUAUUAUGCGAAACAAGGUUUCUGUAAAACUUCAAACUGUGCUUUUCUACAUUCAAAAUGUUAAUGUAACCAAGUCCAUUAUCAUUACUAUUUUUUUUUGUCAUGAAAUAAGACUGAAUAAAAUUUAAGAUCUGUAGUAGUAGUUCCCUCACACUUUAUUCUCGAUACUUGAAUGACAAGCGAUAUUGUAUAUAAAAUUAUAAAUAUUAUGUAUAAUUAUUAAUUGUACACAUUUCGUUAAA